AUGCUAGGAGAGACAGGAACCCCAUGCCCUCCUGAUACCUCCCAUGAGAACCUGAUCGCUCCAGGGAAGAAAUCGGCUUUCCAUCGCUCCCAGACACUGGGCUACAGGAACGGCUUUGCCUAUUCUCGGCUACCAACGGUGGGGAUAGGCAGGGAGCGACUCUAUGUGAACCAGCUGUCGCAGGCUGAAUUAGAUGAACUGUCCAAUAAGAGACCCACGCUGACCUACGGGCAAGCCAAGCAGGCCCCACCUUCCGACUUCAUUCCAGCACAUGUGGCUUUUGACAAAAAGGUGUUGAAGUUUGAUGCCUAUUUCCAGGAAGAUGUUCCCAUCUCCACAGAAGAGCAUUUCCGGGUCCGCCACGUGGGCAUUUAUUACUACUUGGAGGAUGACAGCAUGUCUGUCAUGGAGCCCAUUGUGGAGAACUCUGGUAUUCCUCAGGGCAAGCUCAUCAAACGCCAGCGGAUACCCAAGAACGACCGUGGGGACCAUUACCACUGGAAAGACCUGAAUCGGGGCAUGAACAUCACCAUCUACGGCAAGACUUUCCGCAUAGUCGACUGCGACCCGUUCACACAGGUCUUUCUGGAGAGUCAAGGAAUUGAACUGAAUCCUCCUGAGAAAAUGAUUUUUGACUCAUACACGGAGCUCCGGAAGAUGCCCAUUCGCAUGUACGUCACGCCGUCGGACUUCGACCAGUUCAAACAGUUUCUGACCUUUGACAAGAAGGUCCUUCGGUUCUACGCCAUAUGGGACGACACGGAGAACAUGUUUGGCGAGAACCGGUCUUUCAUCAUCCAUUACUACCUGGCGGACGACACAGUGGAGGUUCGGGAAAUCCACGAGCGCAACGACGGCAGAGACCCUUUCCCAGUAAUGAUCAGACGCCAGCGCUUGCCCAAAGCCUUUGUGGACAAGAUGAAAACCUUCCCGCGCUGCGUGCUGGAGGUCUCCGAUCACGAGGUGCUGGAGUGGUACACUGCCAGAGAUUUCGCCGUUGGCAAACCCGUCACCCUCUUGGGGCGCAACUUCUUUAUCUACGACUGUGACGAGUUCACACGACAGUUCUACCACGAGAAGUUUGGCAUCACUGACUUCCAGUCGGUGGAUGUAAGGAAACCACCACCAGAGGAAGUGCCACAGUUCAUUCCUCCCUACAACGGCUUCGGCUUCCUUGACGACUCCAUGCAGAACUGCUUCUCCCUGCUGCCCAAGCCCCCCAGGAAAAACUAUCUCAAGAUGCUAGAGAACGACCACAAGGUGCUGCGCUAUCAAGUCACCCUGGAAUCUCCAAACCCAGAGGAAAGGAAGCGCCGGUUCAUCCUCUCCUAUUUCCUCUCCACCGACAUGAUCAGCAUCUACGAACCACCGGUCCGCAAUUCAGGCAUCAUUGGAGGCAAAUACUUAGGAAAGACCAAAGUCCCCAAGCCAGGCAGCACGACGGAAAACGCCGUUUACUACGAGCCAGCAGACCUCACCAUCGGUGCUAUGGUUGAAGUGUUUGGCCACAGGUUUAUCAUCACCGAUGCGGACGAAUACGUCUUGAAUUACAUGGAGAGCAAUGCCGAGAGUGUCCCCGCGGCAACGCUGCAGUCCCUGCGGGAUCACUUUGCCCCUCGCCGAGCAGCAGUGCAGGCCGCUGAGAGCCAGCCAGCCGCUGGGAUGGGCAGGCAGGAGCUGGAGGAGCUAGUGAAGCAGGUUCAGGAGCAGCUGAAGCACCAUAACUACUUGAGUAACAGCAGCAUGCGGGAGGCGUUCCUUCACCACGACAAGGACGCCUCCGGCUACCUCGACAAGGCCGAGUUCUUUGCCCUCUGCAACCGCUUCAACCUGCCAGUCGACAACGCCCUGGUGAACAAGCUGAUCAAUCUGUGUUCACAUGGGGAGAACAAGAUCAGUUACCAGGACUUCAUCAGAGCUUUCUCCUGCUGAGCUGCCCCUGGAAGGGGAGACCCAAACCAGCCCCAACCAUCCCAGCUGAAUGAUAUUCAAAUGUGGUACCUCUAGAUUCUCUCUUCACUGAGUGCUGCUUGGCCCUUCAGCACUAGGUUCCCCUCAUCUCUGCCCUGCUUCCCUUCCUGCCUCAUGGUGCUCAGUUUCCCUACCUCUGGGUCUGCAAGCAGAGCCUGUAGACAAAGCUUCGUUUGUAUUAAAGAAAUGAAUCUGCAUAGUUCCAGGUUGUCUCUUCCGGGGCUCUGAGGCGGGCAGGGGUGGUCUGGCUGGGGUGAGCACUCCAGGCCUUUCUUACAGACUGUUAGAGGAGGACUCCAUGUUCUGAGAUGCCAAAAGCAACUUGGCCCCUUUUUCGUUUAUUAUUUUGCUGCAGAAGGACCUGCAGAAUCCUAGCCAUGCAGCAGGACCCCAUUGUGCAAGCUGCUGCAGUCACCCAACCUCAGCGUGCCUGCCUUAACUGAACACACCAAGUGGCCUGAAAAGCUGAGGACUCAAGUGACAGAUCAACUAAAUGGAUGACAUAUUAUAAAGCCUUCUUUCCUUACAUUUAACACCCCAUUGACACCAAAAGCGGAGUAUAGGCCACUUCCAGCCUGCUCAAUUUGCCUCAUUAGCACCGGGACUACCAUUGACAGGUGCUUUUUUCCUUCCCUCCCCUUUCUUAUUCUGAGGGUCCCCCUUUUUUUCCUCCACUCUGCUCAUCUCAUCUGACAAAGUGGAUUUUCCCCAUGAAGGCUCAUGACACUCUCUCUCUCUAUUUGUUAGUCUCGGGGGUGCCAUAGGACUACUUACUUUUAGAUUAAAUAAAAAGCAUUCUGUGCUCCUGUGUACUUCGUGAUAGCAGCUGAAAGGCCCUUGGCAACCGCCUUCUGGGGCUAGCUGUGAUGUUCCUUAUUCCGAGCAUCAAGCAGGCCACCACUGGGCUCCCUCCGUUCCUCCUCAGCCUCUAAAACCUGCUUCCAGCCCUCCUCACCACUACAGCCCGAUUCCCAGCCCAUUGGCAUCACAACGGCCUUUCCACGGACGUCAGCGGCCUUUCGCAUAGGGCACUGGUGCCGCGAGCCAUAGGAUUGUUGAAUUGCCCUUCGGUCCUCAUUUGCUCCCUCAGCAUGAUGGGCAGGAAACACUUCCCCCAUACCCGGCCUGAGCCCAAAGCACAUAAGAGGUCCAAGCUAUGCACAGAGCUAGCCACCUGCAGAUGUGUCGUGUAUGGGAGAGGAGCAAAUGGCACCUACCUCUGCCAUACCUGGUGGGUCUGUCCCGACGUGCUUUGGGAGCGCUCACAUAGCAACCCAUAGGGCUGAGGGACUAAUGAAUGGAGGAAACACACACCUCGUCGAUGAUUCUAUGCCUUUUAUUUAGUUAUUUCAGAAAAUAUCUUUGUUGAAAGUUUGUUCACAAAAGCCAUUUAACAAAAAAAAAAUUCCAUACAAAAUUGUUUAGUUUUUAAACGAUAAGGGAAGACUAAAAACAUGUGGGAGAAAAAGUUUGAAAUGGUUAUCCAAAAAAAAAAAAAAAAUCCAACUCAAACCCCUCCCUCCCAACCAAAACAAAUUUAAAAAACCACACAUGAAAAAGGAAGAGAAAACAUUUGCACUAAAGCAUAAAUAUGGAAGAACAGAAUUUUCCUUGAGUUUCUUUGUUGAAGUUUGGUCCACAGAAUUUAAACAGGUGAAAAAGACAGAUACAUGCACCCACCCAAAUUUUGUGUCUUUUGUUCUUUCCUCUGUCUGGCAAGAAGUAAACACACAACUUAGGGGGACUGAGCGACCCAGUUUAUAAUGUCAAUAUAAAGAUGGCCAAUUCAAGCCAUAUGUUAUGCACUCAAACGUUUCAAAAAGAGUCCAUUAUUGCUGUGCAGUCGGACAACUGUAGGCACCAUCUGCUAUAGACAGAAGCCAGCUCUAGCUGUAGAUUCCAUCGACAGGACUACUCCACAGCCAGACAGAACUGUAACCAGUCCACUGGAAUGAAGACAACCCAUUUACAGACUUCAUGACUAGUUCUGGAGAGAGACCAUCCUACACUUAAUAUAAGAACCAGGGAGAAACCUAUUCCUUCUUCACGACACCUGUGCAUGAUAGGUAGGAAAAAGUCAUCCUACAAAAAUACAAACUUUAAUGCCCCAUUGAGCAAGGAAGAGUCAUUCAACAAGCUUUUAAAAAGAUACUGAUCUGCAAAAUGCUACAUUCUCCCCCAACAUCCACUUCUCUGAGAUCCCUGUGGGAUAAGGAGAGAGGGAGAACUGCUGAUUCUCAAGAGACUUUGCCCUAGCUCAGGUUAGGAGGCAUUCUGUGCUCCAUGCAAGUAUUCUUACAACUUGACCUCAUCUCAGGGACCUACCCCCUCCCAGGGUUAGGUGAUGGAUGCAAGCCCUACAGGAGCGACUGUGAUCCAGGUGGGUUAUUGCACAACCCAGUAGGGAGUGGAGUAGUUAUAACACUGAAUCCAAUUCUGCAUGAUCCUGGGUACCCUCAGCCCUCUAGCCAAUGGGGGGGGGGGCACAAACUGUUG